UCCAACCCACACUAUUACUUUGUGUCUGCGCGCGCGUCUCUACUCUAUUCUUUAUUAACUAAAGCCUCGCCUUAUUUAUCUUAUUGAAAACCCUGAACCCUUAUUCACCCACUACACAACUUGUAUAUUUUCCCUAGUGCAUCGACAGUUCAAGAUGCACGCCAAGUUCUGAUUUAUUUUAUCAUCUCCCUUAAUUAUUUCCCCAAAAAAAAAGAAGCAUUUUUAAAAAAGAAGUUUUUUUUUUAAAAAAAAAGAAAAGAAAAGAAAAGAAAUCCCUUUACAAAAAGAUGGCCUACUAUUACAUGUACAACGGAAAGCACGUAGGAAACGACGUCGAUUGAUACAGAACAACGCCCCCGCCCAAGAGAAUACAACAACAGCAAUAUAUUACAAGCCAACGAGACUAUUAUUUACAAAGAUACAGCGCCAGCGCCAGACCAAGUCAACACCAUCAGUAACAACAACACCAACAACAACAACAACAACGACGAUAAAGAUGAGCAUCGAUCCCAUUUCGACUCUUUUCCAAUCCACAUCCCCCGAGGUCCAGGCCGAUUUCCUGGCGAGCCUCUUGCAACAACAACAACAGCAACAACCCAUGGACUAUGAUCCAACCCUCUACUUUUCAUCUCCAUCUCCUUCUUCAGAGAGCUCGUCCUCUCCUUCAUCCCCCUCAAGUCUGGAUGACUCGCCGCCGACUUCUUUAUUGCAAGACGACGACGGGUUCUUGCAGGAUCUUUUCGUCCCUGCCAUCUUUUCCGACUUGCCACAACAACAACCAUUCAUCCCUCAAGACACUGAGCUUGCUUUCAAGCAACAACCACAACAGCAGCAUCAAGACAAUGCAACAACAACAACAACAACGGCUCAACAGCAGCAGCAGCAGCAGCAGCAGCAGCAGCAGAAACCCAAAAAGCCCAGAGUCAAGAAACCAUUACCGCAUGGUCAGACGACGGUGCCGAUCAAGGUAGCUACUCAAAAAUCCACGCGUCCUCCACGCAAGCUCGAGUGCUUCAAUUGCAAGGUGACCAAGACCCCCCUGUGGCGACGGACACCUGACCGUGCACACACCUUGUGCAAUGCUUGUGGUCUUUAUUACAAGCAGUAUGGUCAACACCGGCCCCUGCAUGUGCGACACAAGACGAGCAGUCAGCUUCGAACCCAUCCUUAUGCAAACGAGCGUAUCAUGACUGUGGCUCCACAACAACCGAUGGUAUCCAUGCUUGCCACGCUGCCUCUGCUGCAGCCAUCGAUACAACAACCCCAACAACAAGAGCCUCCUCAUGCUCAACAACAACAACAACAAGAUGCUGCCACUACUUGUUCCAUGCUUGACAAGAAGGACUUUCCAGCAGUAGCAGCAGCAACAACAACUUCAGAGGUGACUCCAGGCACUGGUGUUCAAUGUGCCAACUGUAGUCAGACACAGACGCCGCUUUGGCGCAAGAACGAACGUGGUCAGCCGGUCUGCAAUGCUUGUGGACUCUAUUCGCGUUUGCACCAUCGUGAUCGACCGAUUGAGAUGCGCAAGGCCAAGAUUCAGCGGCGUCGCAGAGACUGGUCCUCGACGUGUUGUUCAUCAUCCUCUUCGUCAUCCAGCUCUGAAGGAGAAGAAGAAGAAGAAGAAGAGGAAGAGCACGAUUUUAGCAUGAUGGGUAGCAGCAGCAGCAGCAGCAGCAGCAGCAGUGAUAGUAUCAGUAGCAACAACAGCUGUUAUAGCAAGCCUGCAGCCAUCAUGGACGAGGAAGACUCCCGGUUCUUGUCGCUUUUGGUGCAAAUGAACAAGGACCAGAUGCAUGGUUUCUUGGGCAUGCUAGAGCGGCGAUGCGAUAUCCUCCGUGCUGUCCUGGAUACAGUCCCGCAACAGCAGCAGCAGCCCCCAUUCAAGAUGGAGCAUCCUGGAACCACUGUCACUACCACUACCACAGCUUGAUCUACUUUUUUUCAUACAUAUCAUCUCUCAUUCACUUUCUUUGUUAUCUUUUUUCUUUUCUAUUUGAUGGUUUUCCAUAUAUUAUACUUUUUCAAAAAAAUAAAUUCUGUGCACACUAAUAAUAACAACAA